AAUGUGGGUAGUGUUUAGAAUAACGAUUACUCCAAUCGCUCGCUUGAUAGGAGCAACAUAACCUCAAGCUCGAUUGCUUCGUGACGAUGAGAAUGUUUGUUUUUGGUCGUGGGUGAUAACUCGCGAUUAUUGGCGACAUGGCGGUUCUGUGAUAAAUUGUAAACACGAAUCGUUGAGUACGUGGAUCUCCAGGAUGGUAGCCGAUCUGAAUUACGUUCGACAGUACCUCAGCCUGCAGAUCAACGAGGUAGUCUGCUGGUGGUGGUACUACAUCAGGGAGAUCUCGUGGCAAUUGUUGAUCGCCUUGCUGGCGUAUCUCUGCGUCUGCGUCUUCCUCUAUGCAGUUCUCAAAAGAGUGGGCCAUGCUGCCUGGCAGCUACCUGGUCCACCCGGCAGACUUCUCCUGGUCACUGCUCAUCCGGACGACGAAGUGAUGUUCUUUGGGCCGUUGAUCUACUGGUUGACACGCUCCAAGACCAGCGAGAUCUACUUGCUGUGUUUAUCCAUGGGUGGAGACAAAAGGAGACUAGAGGAGUUGUGGGCAUGUACAAGAGUGCUGGGCGUUCCAGAGGCUAAUGUAACUAUUAUUAUGAGUAGCGAAUUACCAGAUGAUCAGAGUGUACAAUGGCCAACAGAGACAGUGGCGGAAGAUAUCUUGCAAUAUAUAGAGAUGUACAGAAUCAAUGCUGUUGUAACAUUUGACAAAUAUGGAGUGAGCAGGCAUAAGAAUCAUAUCUCCUUGUACUUUGCAAUUGCUGCGUUAUGCAUAGAAAAAAAAGUACCUCCUUAUUGUAAACUGUAUGUGUUAGAGUCUGUCAACAUAAUUAGAAAGUACAUUCAACUCCUAGAUUUACCCAUCAGUCUACUCUCAGCCUCGUAUUGGUAUCUGGUGACGUACGAGCAGAAGCGAAUAAUCAAAAGUGCCAUGGCUGCGCACAAGUCUCAGUAUGUUUGGUUUCGAAAGUUGUAUAUGAUUUUUUCACGAUAUACAUUUAUCAAUACCCUUCAAGAAGUCAGCGCCCUUGAUCUGGAGCUGGAUCUCCAGUUUGACGAGGACUGAAUAAACUGUGCGAAACAUGAAUUGUACAAAAUAUGUAAUUUGUAAUAAUUACUGUACAUACUUUGUCUACCAGUGAACACUGUCCUUAACUUAAUGUAAAUUAUAUGAAAAUUACAAAAUACGGAAGCUACAUACGAAAAUUUUUUAAUACAUGCAGAAACAUAAUUCUAAGCAGGAAAUAUUUUUUUAUUCAUUAAUACAAUAAACUACACAUUAUAGUUAUUUCCAAAUUAGAAUACGGCACGCAGUUUUGCCAGUGUAAUAAUCAGAUUUUUUCCUUGAAAAAAGAUACGUGUUGCGUGCCGUUUAUCUUCCUCUGGUGUACAACCUUUCGUUUACAUGCAGAUCCAACAUCACAAAUUGUCAUUUGAUAUGUACUCGUCAGGUGUGUAUAAUAAAAUAAUCUAGAACUAUUGUACAUAAAACACCAUUUUUAAUUUGCGGAAUCCAAAAUUUCUUAUCUAAUAAUCACAUCUUUUUUUUUUUAAACCAGUUGCCAUUGUCAAAUCAUUUGAGCAAGUAAUAAUAUGUGGCGAGUGAAACUCGCGAUUGUACGCAUACUUUUGUGUUUCAACAUUAACAUGUGAUAUAAGUCAUAGAUUUUUUAUUUAAAGCCAAAAUUCUUUUUUCCAGUUUGGCACAAAUAACGUGCAAAGAGGAAUUAAACUUCUCUUUUUCUUCCAACAUAUUGGAUAGCAAAAUUUUUCUUAUGAUUCGAAAAAAUAUAUUGCUCUUUUCACAACAAGGCGAUAUUAUAUACAGGACGAUAUUAUGUCCCAGACCUACCGUAUCACCCGAUAACAGAAGGAUGAUGAAACGGUAAAUGACCUCAGGAAUCUGUCAUUAACGAGUAAUACAACGGUAGGCCUGGGACACCCUAUAUAUAUGUAUAUAUAUAAUAUAUAUAUAUAUAUAUAUAUAUAUAUAUAUAUAUAUAUAUA